GUGUAUUAAGAGAUUAUGAACGUGUAUUUAAAAUUUCAAUGAGAGGAAAAACAAACAGGAAAUCUCAACUCUCACAGUACACAAGCUUUGGCUCUAAGUUUCUACUCUCCCUUCAUUUCCGAUUUCAUUCUCCGACUGAGCUCUCUGAAUUUUGAUCCCUCGAUCUCCGAAACUUUGAAGUUCUCACUCUCGAGCUCAGAUCGCGAUGCCUCCUGUUGGUCCCCGAUCCGGCGAUGCAAUCUUCGCCAACGUCGAGCGCGUGAAUGCGGAGCUGUUUACGUUGACCUAUGGUGCCAUUGUGCGCCAGCUGCUCACUGAUCUUGAGGAGGUUGAAGAGGUCAACAAGCAGCUUGAUCAGAUGGGGUAUAAUAUUGGGAUUCGCCUAAUUGAUGAGUUUCUGGCAAAGUCUAAUGUUUCUAGAUGCGUCGACUUUAAGGAGACAGCUGAAGUAAUUGCAAAGAUUGGCUUCAAAAUGUUCUUGGGGGUCACUGCAUCUGUUACAAAUUGGGAUGCUGAUGGAACAUGCUGCAGUAUUGUUCUGGAGGACAAUCCGCUAGUUGACUUUGUUGAGCUUCCAGAUACUUGUCAGGGACUUUACUAUUGCAACAUCUUAAGUGGAGUCGUAAGAGGUGCCUUAGAAAUGGUGUCUAUGAAAACUGAAAUCACCUGGAUCCGGGAUAUGCUUCGAGGUGAUGAUGCAUUCGAGUUGCAAGUGAAACUCCUGAAGCAAGUUCCAGAGGAGUACCCGUACAAAGAUGAUGAGUAAAAUGUUUGCUAUAUGUACACAGUUAUGAUAUUUGGCCCCCUUCUCUCCUUGAAAAUGUUACAACUUUUUCCUCUUUUCCGGACACAUGUGUACAACAUUAAAUAGGCAACUUCAUUUUGUUAGUCACUACACUUUCCAUUUUUCUAUUGGUUCUGAGCCUUUCGUUCUUGUCUGGGGUUGGUAAUUAGUACUUAGAAGUUAGAAGACUGAAUGCUCUUGUGUUGGCCCAAAUAAAUGCAUCGAUGUUUUGGGUUAAA